UUGGAGAGUGAAUUUCUUUGCAACUUAACCAACAGUCAACAAACUACUCGUUAUUCCAGUCAGGUUGACGGCAAGUGCCCAAUGCCGAUCUAAAUUUUGAUGUUUUUAAUUAUUUAUUCGAUACUGAACAUCAAAAUGGUGAACCGGUAGUGGUUUGUAGUUUGUGCAUCUGUGAACAUACAGAAACUGAAGGAUAUGCAGCAUCGCAUAUUGUUCCAAAGUUUACUGAUAUGCGUCAUAACAGUAUGUUUGUCCUUUCCGCUGCAGAAGUCCAUAGAUGCCAAAUCAAUAAAAGAUGAGGUCUAUUCCAGAGUGAAUGAAACUGAACUACGUUCCAAGAGAGCAACCAAAAACCCAGGAUUCUUCAGAACCCUCUUCUCCGUCAUUUACGAACAAUGGAAUGACACUAAAAACACGUUUGGAACUGUGAAUCAAUUAAUAAACGAUAACUUUUUACCUGAAAAUGAACCGGUUACUGAGACCACUACACCUAACAGUAAUCCAAAUGUUACCACGACUGAGGCCCCAUACAGAAUAACAAGGACAGAACUCAAUAAAAUAUUACGUAGAAAUUUGAGAGGAUUACAGAGAUUGUUUCAAAUUGAGUUACAGGAUGCCCUCAAG